CAACUUUCAAAGAUUAACCUAUCCACCUGCUCUUUGUCUACUAUAACUAGCGUGAUUGAUUGAGAAGAUGACUGUCAGUGUUCGUGCUGCAACCGACAAUGAUCUAGUCGAGGUGCGCGACAUCUUCAGCCACUAUGUUCUCAACACCGUUAUUUCUUUCCUUGUGCAGUCCCCUAGUCUCGACUAUAUCGCUUCUCGUUAUCGAGACGCUCAGGCCCGAGGCUUACCUUAUCUUGUCGCAGUAGACGACUCUGCUGGUGGGAGAGUGGUGGGGUACGCAUCCGCAUCCGCAUGGAGAGGCUACAUGCUAGGCUAUGGGCACACAGUUGAAAUCACUCUAAUAUGCCAUCCAGACUAUACACGACGAGGCAUUGGCAGUCAGCUACUCGCUCAACUUGUCCACCAUCUUCGCAACACAAAACACGUGACUCGCGAGGUUGAUCAUCCAGACCAUGUGGUCGAGUUUGACAUCAAAAGGGUGCUGGCAGUCAUGGCGGUUGACACCAAUUCAGCCGGGGAUGGCAUGUCCCUUCGAGAUUGGUAUCUAAGAGCCGGCUUCGAGCAAGUUGGGAGAUUGAAAGGAGUAGGUUCAAAGAAGGGAAAAACCAUUGACACAAUCAUGCUCGAGCUUGACCUUGAUUCUACAACAAUCCGGGGAUGACAAGAAGUGAGAUGAGGUACCAAUUGAUGUCCUCUCCACAUCGACUUAUGGUUGUUAUUCCGUGGUGGCUGUGUGACUGAUAUGUGGCUUGACGGGGUGAGGCUGUGUGACACUACGAUGACCCGGUCAUUCCCUUGCAUUUCGGAAGAUACGCACCCACAUUUUCGACUACUUGGGUUACCAUGAAUGACACAUCUUUGUUUUCAUCACAUACCUAAUCUCUUCCUUGAUUUUUG